GGCGGUCGGUGAUGGCGACCUUUAACGGUGGAUUGAAAGGUCAGGCGGUGCGUUGCGUGAUGGCUGAGUGUGAUAAACAAGCUUUUUCCACCCCCCAUUUCUUUAGCUUGUUAAAGUUGCCAUCACCACCAUCUCCUCCUCCUGAGUAGAAAUGUCAAAAGCCCUCGGACGUGAUUCCGUCUCUUUCAAGGAGGUGAAAAUAACAAGGGAGGGAGCGAGCUAGUUGGUUGCUGUGCCUAUUUUUCUGUUUGUCCCGAGAGCUGGGGGAUGGGGCACCAAAGCCAGCUAAUUCCUGUCUAGAAAUAGAAAAUUCAUAAGCUGAAUAAGCAAGCAGGGCGAGAGAGUUGCUUUCGAAAUUGCUACAGAACAUUUUCUUGAAUAUAGGUUCUCGCACGGCUUCGGCCGAUGGAGGAAGUAGUUUCAGCUUUGGCUCAGACGAGCUUUGCUCGAUGUGUAGAACUAUGUGGCAUCACCAAGUCUCUUUCUAAGUGCCUUAGUGUGAUUAUAUAACCGUGGUUGUCCGCAUAGCUUCGCUUAAAUCACGCAGAACACCGCAUUUCAGUACAAAUAAAACGAUUAAGGCGAACUACAAAACGAUGUCUAAACAGGAAGCAGGGAGAUUGCAGACAAAGGAAGAAAGAAGAAACAAAGGGAGCCGAUACCUCACUGUCUAGACAGUGGGUUUUCAGAAAACAUUAGUGCCGUUAUCUUCCCGUAGGCUUCUCGUGGUUUGUUUUCAACACUGUCCAUUUUUAAAGAGCAAAUUUUACAGCAUGUGACAAGCCCAAAUGUUUUGUUUUUUUCUUCUCUCCCCUGCCCUUCAGUGUGACUCAGGACUUUUUAAGCCCAGCAGGGCCUGAAAUAUGAGCUUGGCUUGCGCCUGAUAAAGAAGCACAGUUUCCCCCUUUUGUUUGCUGGAGAUUAUCACACGUACGUUUUUUGUUUCCGCAGUAGUUUUUGUUGUCCACAGAAAUCAAAUGGCAUAGUUUCUAGUCAGACCAGUUUUCACAUUUGGUUAUAGUGAAGGGUUUGGAUCCUUUGUGAAAGGAAGUUGGGUUUAUUGGUCGUGACUGAUGAUCUGCUCUGUGCUGGAAAGCCCCCGACUUCCUUUUGUUUGGGGUAUUUUACAAUUUCACAUCUGUAGUGUUUCAUAGGAUUGUCUGGAAUAAUUCACAAGUGCAUGUUUUGUUAUAGGUAGGGACUGAUUGAGGUGAAUGUGUAAUGACCCUCAGUAUGCUUUAUGUAUCUCUGGAAGAUCCCCCUUUGUUUCGAAAAACAUGCAAGUCUUAUGAAGUAUUCAGCGUGGCCAUGUCUUUUUUACCUUAUCGCUGUGCUUAUAAGGUCUUGGUAAAUAUUAGGUUACCAUGCCUGCUGUUUAUCAAACACCUGGACCCAUUGUUCCUUUGUGUCAUAAAGUUAAUGUGUUAACUGCUAUGGGCCUCUUUUGUACGGUAAUAUGUUUUUGCAUCGUCAGAUGUGAUUUAGUCGCAAUUUAAAUCAAUACCUUUUCUUUUAUUGAAGUGUUUCUGCGUAACGUGGAGCUAAAAUCGUCCAGUCUACAUCUAGUCAACACGAUAAACUGAUAAGUCAGUCAGCUUUAAAAGGAAAUUACUGAUGAUCCAUAUAAAGGGGGUUGAAAUGAAAAGCAUUUUGAGCUACGCAUUAGUUACUAGCUUUUAGCUGAGUCCCCCUGUCUGGUAUUUUUCAGCAGUCAGCAGUUGGACACGUGACACAAAUGAAAGGGGAAAAAAAGGUCUUUGUGGGCUUUUCCAAGGAGACCCUUUAUUGACAUACUGGUGAAAACAUCCAGGUGAAGAGAAACGAGGAAGUGGUAGGAAGACAGGUUUGGGUGGGGGUCUGAUAGCUAAUGGUGCUUGUUAUUUAGGACACCUCGGGUGGACUGACAGGACGUUCUAAACCAACUGCCAGAACAUUGAGCUCGCCUGCCCUGUUUGUGUCCGUGACCAGAAUAUAGACGAGCUUCACACCAACGCAAGCAGCUGCUGUGUUGCACCAGAACAGGGCAAAGGUUGUCCACAGAGGAAAUAUGAGCCCGUUGCUGUGUGUGGAUUUUAUAUUUUAUUUUUAUUUAUUUUCUGUGUGUGGGGGGGCGGGGAGAAGAAUCAUAGGUGAUCGGCUGAGUUGUAAAAUGGCCUGGACAGGGCUGGCAGGCACAGCUCUUCUUUCCUAUCUAAUCCAGGCCUUCCAUGUGUAUCUGUCCUUUCAUGUGGCUGUUUUUGAUCAAUCACCUCAAAGUCACCGUCUCCCAUUACACAACUUCCUGCGCUGUUGCACAAAGACGGGUAGCAAACGUCACAGGACUACUUGUUUUGCCAAGUUACGCACAUGCACGCUCAUUUUCUGGGCGUAUGCGUGGUGAGAAAUGACUAGGGAGGUUUUGAAAUGCCUUGUAAGGCAAGAGCCAAGGGUAGGGAGGGGAACACUUUGUGAAACAGCUGACCUACUUUGUUUACGCUUAUUGUGCCAUUUAGCAAAAGCAGAAUCUUAUUUAAUCUGAAGUGUUUCGUAUGUUCUUUUGCGAUCAUGAUACCGCGAGUGAGUCAGAGCUUUUGUUUUUAAUUAGAUGGAGGAAGUAAGGGCCUGAAUUUGGUAUGAGGAAGAAGAACAGCUGACACUAAAGCCUACGAAAAGCAGAGGAUGGGGGGGGAUAAUGGGAAUACCUCUCAGUUUUUCUCAGAACCACCAAAAGAGACGGCAGGAGGGAAGAGGUGACACUGCAGUGAACAAAGCUGUAAAACAGAGCACAUACGAGCCUUUGCCAAAGGUGUUGAACAGAGAACACAAUGGCUCAAGAGACGAACCAGAGUCCAGUGCCCAUGCUUUGUGCCACAGGUUGCGGUUUCUAUGGCAACCCAAGAACCAAUGGUAUGUGCUCCGUAUGCUACAAGGAACACCUGACACGGCAGCAGAGCAGCGACCGCAUGAGCCCCCUCGGCCCAAUGGGCUCAACUGCUAGUCCUACCUCAGAGGCUUCUGCCAUCCAGAGACUAGAAGCCAGUCUAGCAAAGGUUGAUGCCUCCCCUGCCCCUUCACCAGACAUGUCUAGAACCAUUCAAGGAUCUCUUCCUGUGACUCAGCAAAUGACCGAGAUGAGCAUCUCCAGAGAGGACAAACCUGAACCCCUAGAGCCUGUUGUAAGCCAGCCUGCUGCUUCUAGCCCUACUCCUGUAGCCUCUUCUAGCAGUGAGGAAAGUAAGAGUGACACCCCCAAACCUAAGAAGAACAGGUGCUUCAUGUGCCGCAAGAGAGUGGGCCUCACAGGUUUCGACUGUCGCUGUGGCAACCUGUUCUGCGGCAUCCACCGGUACUCUGACAAGCACAACUGUCCCUAUGAUUACAAGGCCGAGGCUGCCGCCAAGAUCCGCAAAGAGAACCCCGUGGUGGUGGCUGACAAGAUCCAGAGAAUAUAAUAGACGAGACAGAGCAGCAGUGGCAGCAACAAUGAAACACCAUUGACAAAAGACUGGAGUACGAGUGCGAACCUUUGAAAUGAGCAUAAAUGAGAAUGGAACAGACUUGAUUUACAAAAUUACAACCUCAAGAAGAUCAUGGAGAGGAAAAAAAGAAAAACAUAAAAGAUCCUGUCUGAGGAAGAUGCAUGAAUGAUCACUUUUCUCCCUCUUUUUUUUUUUUUUUUUUAUUAACUCAUUAGUUUUUAUCCUGUUUUCUGUGGUGUGGUUUUUUGUUUUGUUUUUCUCGUUUUUUGCCGCCGUUCAGUCCGACGUUUUGUUUUUUCUAAGAAUAUGUAUUGUCUUACUAAGAGCAGACCAGGCUACAUGUCCAGGAUAAGCUGUGCUCCUCUCACCCAUACCAGGCGCCAUUAUUGUGCCAAACCGUAGACGGCCAUUUAACACACGCCACCACGUGUCAAGACACUGGCUGGUCUCUCAAAAGCAUUCAGACUACACAGAAACAGUCCAUACAAGUUGUGUCCCUCAACCUUUGAACUUCUCGCUCUGUGCUCCGUCGGCGCUGGAGUCGGUCAGCGUCUCCUGCCUCGCACGAGGAGGGGGGGAUUUGUUGCGAUGUCUUUUCCUAGCUUUACCUACCUCACGGCUGCCGCGUUAAGCUACGUUGUCUUCCCUUUUACUUUUUUCGUCAGCUUCGACCCCAUCAGAGCAGUUGAUCAUCGUGACAGUCGGCGUCGGUGAAUUCCCCUAACCCCUCCAAUCGGCACACCUUGCUUUCACUUUGAUGGGUUUUGAUUGAGGCUGUUUGGAGGUAUCAUGCUAGACGGGGACACACAAAUUACUCGCUGAAGGAGUUCCACCAACUGUUGCAGGACUGUGUGUGUGUGUGUUUGUGUGUAUGUGUGCGUGAGCCGACGUGUGGCCUGAGGGGAAGGAUGGCACCCUUCCCCCGUGGGUCUGGUAGGGUCAAUGUAGGCUUCAAUAUUGUAGGGGCAUGAAUGAAUGGGAUAAAUGCAUGAGUCACUCUUCAUCUGUGUUUAGUGUUUCACAAAUAUCAUUCAACUUAGGGUUUCAGAUGUUUUAUUUGCUGAAAGACAAUUAUCUGUUAUGUUUUAUUAGCUUAUUUUUCUCUUCCAUUGUACUGAUGUUAGCACAUGUAUUCAGUGCAUUGAUGGAGUUAGGGUAUGUGAACCAUGAUUUCUUUUUUUUAAA